CAGUCUCUCCGAUUUUUCAAAUCAUCCUCAAAGAAAUCAAUCAUGAAGUGCAUCGCAGCUGUAGUCAUGAUGGUUCUGGCCGUUGUUGCCACCAGCGAGGCAUCAUGGGCUCCAUUGGCAUACUCCACCCCGUAUACCACCUUGGUUCAGAACAACGCCUACGCUCGCUAUGAGGCUGCUCCCUGGGGAUAUGCUGCGGCCCCAGCGGUGUCCUAUGCUGCCUACAACUACCACCCAACUGCCUACGUUCAUCAGCCAGCUGUUCCGGUGGCCGUCUAUGCCCAGCAGGAGGCUCGCUACCUGGCUGCCAACCGUGGAGCCGUCCAUGAUGCUCCACUUCCGGGACAUACCGUUUCGCAGCAGUCACUGAACUUGGCCCCAGCUCCGGGAACGCUUUAAAUUGUUGUGUUGAGAGAUGAUGAAAUGUGAUGUGAUGUGAUAUCAGUGUAAAUAUACUGUUAGAAU